CUCUGGCAUCUGUGUUCUGCAUAAAUAUUUGUUUGCAUCAAUGGUUGUAUUGUGUUGAGAAAAGAGAAGAGAGGCAGAGAGGGAGGAAGAGUAUGUCCCAUCAGUGCAUGUGCUAUUGUUUCCUUCUCUUCUGAGACUUCAGGCUUUGUGGUAACAGCGUGGCCCACCUCUCGGCUUGGCUCCACCCAUCCUGUUCUUAACGUGCUGCCCCUCUCUUACCAUGCAUCAUUCUGUCCUACUUCUCUCCUCCUCUGUCACCGGCCGCUCUUUGUAUUGUCAUUGUGUGUUCUCCCUAUGCUCUCUCUCUCUCUCUCUCUCUCUCUCUCUCUCUCUCUCUCUCUCUCUCUCUCUCUCUCUCUCCUCUCUCUCAGGCUUGCUUGCGAUGCUUAUGUUCUCCUCGGCCCCUCCAGCUAUCUCCUCGUGUUUCCCCCCCUCCCUGUGUGUCUGUGUGUCAGCUCGUAGCCUGACCUUCUUUCUCUCUUGUCCAGUACUUAGUGCAUACUCUUGUUUCUCUCCACCCCACCAACUCUUUCUCAUGAGGACUCUGCACCGGCUGAAGUUGAUGAGCUCCCCCAGUCUCAGCGAGCUGGGGAAGAGCGAGAAAAGUUCGCCGGAGGACAGAGGGGAGAAGCAGAAGAGGGCAGGAGCCAACGCCACCUGGAACAGCAUCCACAACGCCGUCAUCGCAGUCUUCCAGAAGAAAGGCUUGGCAGAUAACGAGCUCUACGUCCUCAAUGAAGGUGUCCGGCAUCUGUUGAAGACUGAGGUGGGGUCUUUCUUCACGGAAUACCUUCAGAACCAGUUGCUGACAAAAGGCAUGGUCAUCCUUCGGGACAAAAUAAGGUUCUACGAAGGUCAGAAGUUACUUGACUCUCUGGCAGAAACCUGGGACUUCUUCUUCUGUGAUGUUCUCUCGAUGUUGCAGGCCAUCUUCCACCCGGUUCAGGGUAAGGAACCGUCCGUCCGACAACUAGCUCUGCUUCACUUUAGGAACACCAUAGUCUUGAGCGUCAAGUUAGAGGACGCCCUGUCUCGGCCUCGGGCUCGGGUGCCCCCUUCUGUUACACAGAUGCUGCUUAUUCUACAGGGGGUCCAUGAGUCACGGGGUUUGAAUGAGGACUACCUGAGGCUCGAGUCUCUUGUUCAGAAGGUGGUCUUGCCCUACCUGGGCACCCAUGGCUUGUACUCUGGAGAUGGCACAGAGGCCCAAUGCUGUGUUCUGGAGAAGCGUUUACAUUGGGGCUGUUCCAAGUCUGCAGAUCAGCUGUCUAAAAACCCAGUGGUACGAUCGAAAAGCUACAAUAUCCCUCUGCUGCUGACCCCCGUGGCUGAGUAUGACCCAGAUGCCAGCUCCAUUGGCAGUGGAGGAAUUAGGCGCCACUCAGCCUGUGAGAUUAUAUCAUGCCUGGAGGAACAAGGACUGGCCUACGCUGACCUGGCCUCGGGAUCUGAACUGUCUGGCUCCUCCUCUAACAGGCUGUGUGUGGCCUCUCAGUUCAAAGGUAUCGUACAAGCAGGAGCCAGCGCUCUGGACUUGCCUCUUACGUCUGCCUCCAUCCUUCCCCUUCACUCCUCAGGAGCCCUCCACGGCACUGAGGCCACAACAACAAUGACUGAUCUCAGUAAGGCUGCAUCCUCCACGCCACCCAGUGAAUCAUCCAGCCCCGAAACCAUAAUUGGACAAGUGCUAGAGUCUGCAGACUCAGACUCCGAUGGGAUAUUUAUUGAUUUCCCCCCCCACUCCUCAGAGGCCAUGGGGUACAGCCGCGAAAGCAGGCAGAGCACUGUGUAGCUGUGGUUGCCUUUAGGAACGCACCCCCUCACAUGUGUACGGUAAUAAUCUGGGACAAAGUCAAAAAGAAAUCUUAAAACUACAUUUCGUUUAAUGGGUACCACUUUCUUUUCUUACUGUUGUACGCAGAGGUCAUUCCUGCUGCUUUCACUGGUGGAUGCAAACCUCGUAACUCUAAAAAUGUAAUUUUCUAAGAGCUAAGAAAAACACUCUUGCCUAAUUUCAUUGUUAUUAAAAAGCUGGAGAUGUUUUACUGUGUUUUCAACUUGACGGCAGUGUAGUUGUAACUUUAUCAAAUGAGCUUUGAAAGGUUUUUAUAACCUCAGAUAAUUUUCUUAAAGGAUAACUCUCUUUUUCUUAUGGUCAACAAAUCCCAUGAAAUGACCAAAACUACCUACAAACUGAUCGCACUGACAUGUUUUGCCUCUUAAAAACAUCUCAAUGAGCCACACUGUUGCACUGGUGUCAUGUGCAUUAACACAGUCACUGUAGUUUGAUCCCUCAUAUAUGCUCCUGGUAAAUUAGAGCCAGACCGAUAUUAGCCUAUGCCAGGUAUAUCAGUAUUGAUGUACAAUGGUUAAUUUUUAUUUUUUUUUAAAGUUAUACAGGCAGCAUUUUAUGUUCAUUUGAUCCUUUUCCUAAUUCGUGUCCAAAACACUACUUGACCACUGGGAAAAUGGUCUCAGACUUUUGGGCCUCACUGUUUGUGUGAAUAAAAAAUAUCUUUUUUUUUACUCCCUAAUAUUGGUGUCGGCCCAAAAAAAACAGUAGAGCUCUACUGUUAAUACUCACCAGAACACAAACGAGUGUUAAACCACAGUUAAAGAUAAUCCCUAAUAAAUACAAUAAUUACUUCUGUUUGAAGAAUGUAUGCAAAAAUCUACAAUGCUCAACUGUUUUAUAAAAAUAUUUAACCUUUAAAAAAAGAAAUUAAAGUCAUACUUGUGACUGAUUUUGAAAGAUUUACGUCUUCAGUAUAAACAAGUGCUCUUGUGGCUGAGAUUUGUGUAAAGUACUGGGAGAGAGAUCAAUGUAUCUUCAGUUUUGGCUUUUUUAAGGAUUUUGUUGACAAUAACAAAAAUAUUGAAUAUCGCCAGCCAUAUUCUUUUACCUGCUGAGGAGCAUGUAAUCCUUCAGCAGCAGUUAGAAACACAAAAAUCACCAAAAUUUGAAUUACAAGGUUUCCACACCACAGUUUUUUUCCUCCACUGAGGAGGUGGCGACUACAGCCACCAAAAGUGGCUUUAAAUAAUCAUCAUGUUUUACAUUUUUCAUGGAUUUGUUUUAUUUGUGUGUAUUCUAAACCUCAUAACAUUUCUGCUAGUUUCUGUUUACGCUCUGUUGUAUGCCAGUUGGCAUUUACACAGAAAUGAGGUCUUCUGCUCUCACUUUUGUACUGCUUCUUAUGAAAAAGUGGAACUGUUGAACUGUUUGUUUUUUAUGGCCAGCGAUCGUAGAGGUCUAAUGCAGAAGUCUUUUCUUAGACCAAACAUCGUGUGACAGCAUUUGCUUCUCUAUAUUAGCUUUGUACAGCCUGAGUUUGAGGAAUAUGAUGAUGUUUAUUGUUUACAUUCGACAAAGACAUGAAAAUCUUGAUUGAAUGUUGUCUCACACACUGUAUUUUGCACCACUGCUACCUUGUAAAUAAAAGUGCAUUGUUGGUUUUUAGGACAGCUAGAUAGUGUCAAGUGAGCUUUUACCUUAAAAUGAAUUGAGAUUUUAAUAAGGGCUUUUUAACUCAAAUCUUUUUCAAGGAUGUUUUACCUCAAGCGUUUUGUACUUUACUUUUUUUGACAAUCUAUGAUGUCUACAGAGUUGUACUUUGUAUUAAUUUGUUAUACUAGCCCAGUAAAAACUCAA